CGCGUGAGUGUGUGUGUGUGUGUUUGAAUGCGGGGCGGCGGCGGCAGGCCCUCAGAGGCGGCGCUUGGUGAUGAUUUUAUAGCAGACAGGAAGCAAGCACACGCUGGUAAAGUAAGGAAACAAGUCAGACACUUCUCACUCAUAGUUACAAGUGGCAGGUAUGCAAAACUAGUGCCAGGCAUACACUUUAUUCGGUCAUGGCGUCAAGAGAAUCAAGUGGAAACUCAACUCGCCUCUCACUUGAUAUAGCAAACCUCCCUCUCAUCCCUUUUGGCAUGAGACCUCAUGCAUCACCCAAGAAACUCACUCCUCAAGCUACCAACCGCUUCAACAAACUUUCUCGUAGAAGAGCCAAACAUCCUCAAGUAGGUAGUGGAGAUGCUGGACACCACAGAGAAAACAAGGAAAACAUUGGCGGGGCAAGCAGUGGCCAAUGCAGUAAGGGGUGGUCUGCAAUUGAGUCCAGAGUCACAGGUCUCCACACUGUGCCAGAGAAUGAGGACCCCCCUGAACCCAGCAGCACACAAAAACAAAGGAAAGCAGCGUCUCCCCUCAGCAGAAAGUUUCCGGUGACUGGAAGUCUUAGACCAAACACUGAUUCACCAUUUGUAGACAGUGCUCAGGAUACACAACAUGCACUUAAAAGGUCCAGUGGGCAGAGAGACAGUAUUUACACCGAUGUUGAUGAUGGCAGCUUCAUAGAGUUUUAUCAUGGCAAGGAGAAAGGACAGCAAGUGCCUCACCAGCCAGAUGACUCAACCAGAAAGAUGCCUCUUCUUUAUUAUACAUGUGAAAGUGACAAUGACACCCAGUACUCAACGUCAUCCAAAACAAAGAAUGCCCUAGUGGGCUUCCAUAAGUACUUGGACAAGCUGAGAUUAGAAAGAGAUCUGAGAAACAUACAUGAAGAGGAUAGAACUGAAGAGGUGGGACUACGAAACCGGUUGGACAUGUACGAUGAAACAAUCAUUACCUGCAGUGCUGAUAUACGAAAGUAUUUCUGUAAACCUCCUGCUGCAGAUGCUAUCAACAGCACUGUGAUAGAUAAGUUGCCCCAUACAGGAAAGACAACUCUACCUUGUGCAUUUUCUGAAAUAUCAACACUGACUGUUAACCCUGAGGUAGUCUUAGGUUCUGAUUCUCAAUCUCGGUCAAAGCAGCCAAAAAUAUUAGGUAAUGCCAAACAGCAGACAGUUAUAUUAUCUGAAUCAUCUGAUGAAGGAGAGUCACAUCCCACUGAAAGGGGUGCAGGUGUGAAAGUUACUCCCAUAGGCAGUAAUGUAAAGAAACCUCCACAAAGUGUUGGUAAUAUUGGUAUUGUCAAGGAUAUUCCUAUGUUUGUUAUGGGGGGCCAGGCCAGAGCACCCUGCCCUCCACCAUCACCCAAGGUGAUUGUUGCUAUGCAUGAAGAAUGGCCAUCAUUGGUGAGUGAGGAUGUCAGCAUUAUUAGUAACAGUGUUGCUAUGCCUAGAAAAUUUCCAUCUGUGGUGAGUGAAGAUGUCAGCAUUAUUGGUAAAACUCUUGAGUCACUUCCACAGAAAAGUAGUGCAUCAAAGAUUCCAAGGACUGUAGGUGUGGCAACCUCACCCAUAAGAGGGGCAAAAGUGCCCUUGGUAUGUGAAGAUAAGAAAAAGGAUGAGGAGAACAGAGGUGAUGUUGGUCAUGUCCCUCUUGAAUGGAGAUUUGCACCAAGCAAGGAUGGAGAUGCACAAACAACAGGUCAGACAAAGUUUCCUGUUCACAAGUGGAUCAUGACAAGCCCUUUCAAAGAGAGCUCAUUUGAUUCAUCUUUCCUGCAGAGAAAAGAAGAUUCUUUCAUCAGUGAGUCACCUAGUCAGCCUAAAUUAUGUUAUGGAAAUGAGAAAGUCAUGUCCCACACAAGAAAAUUUAAUAGUGAACCCUUGAUAUUUUCUGAUCCCAGUAAACAAGGCAAAAGUCCUCAGGCCAUCAAUAAAAAUUGUGACCCUUCACUUCCCAAAGAAGUCACUCAUAUCAGUCCUUCUAGUGAGAGCUCUGAAUGCGAGUUCUCAAUCAAGCGAACGGCAGCAAAAGAAAGGGUGAUUCUAUCUUCUUCUGAUGAAUUAGAAGAAAAUAAAAGGAAUGGGAUGUUUGUUACACAAAGAAAAAAGAAAAAACACUCAAAAAAUGUCACUUCAUCAUUUAAAAAAAAAUACAUUGAAGCUUCAGAUGAAGAAGGAGAAUCCCUCUGUCUUCGACUCUCCAAAAGUCAGAAUGAAACCAGUGAAGCUUCAGGGAAGACCAUACAGACCAUUGGGAGAGUAGCUGAGUCUCCAGACAAUAGAGUCAACAGGCCCAGUGAUCCCCCCACCCAGACUCUCCAGAAAUUUAAAAAAUCACCCCCGAGAAGAAGAAGUAAAUCAGAUUCAGAUAGCUUCGUGAGUAUGGAGAAUUUGCCAGAUAACUCUCCUUGUCUUGACAAGUUAGUGCCAGAUACCAAGGUGCAUCACUCUGACUCUGUAGAAUCUCUCGCCUUACCACCUCCCAAGGCAGGAUCUCCACAGCAUCUUUAUGAUAGUGAUGGGCCCUUGGAUUUAAGUCUGAUAAGGAAAGAACUAGACAGCCUUUAUAGUUCUGAGUGGAGGAAAAAUGAGGAGGCCAUCUUCAAAACAGUCUCAAGAGAAGGAAAGCAAAGGAGUAGAGUCACUAAUUCUGAGAAAUCUAUUGAGGGUCGAAGAAGAAGUAGAUCAUGUCCCAGACUCAGUUCAGAAACUGAUGAGAAGGAGAGAGAGAAUAGCUUUGUCUACCAAGUACCGGUAAGUGAAACUUAUGGUGAUGAAGAAAGUGUGAAAAGCAACUGUAGUAAAGACACAGAUGGAAGCAGUGAAAAUAGUAGAUCAUGUGUUCCAUAUAAAGAUGAAGGAACUGCAAAGACCCCAGUCAGCUCACGUGGCAGUCCUGAAGAUGACAGCUUUGAGGAGUACCUAAAAAAAGUUAGGUCCACUAAAAAAGAAAUACAGCAGAAGAUUGAUUUUUCCUCUGAGGAUGAGGAUAAAUAUGAGUCAAGCUUCAUCAAUGAUGAAAGUGAUGAGAGUUACAGCCUUCCUCAGGUGCCCCUGAACCCCUACAAGAGUCCCCCAGAAAACCAAGGCACCCCAAGGUCCAAAGUCAGCAUUCCCAAGAUUAAGGAGAGAGACAGACGAAGAGAGAGGCAUCACAGUAAUGAAGACAUCAGACCAGUUUCUUCGAGUGGAAACGAGAAGACUCCUCGGAUUGGUCCUGAGGACAGCUUUGAAGAGUACCUAAAAAAAGUAAGGUCUCUGACACAAAAAAAGAAGAAACAACAAAAAAUUACAUGCUCCUCUGAGGAUGAGGACUCUUAUGAAUCUAGCUUUAUCAAUGAUGAUUCUGAUGAUGAGAGCUACAGCCUUCCCAAAGUGAUUCAGAAGCCUCAAGGAAAUUUGCCAGAAGACAAAAAUAGUAUUUUCAAAAGCAAGGGUAGAGUUACCACAAGACCCAACACUGACAAAAGAGUCAUUAACAUGUGGCAUAAUUCUCCCACCAUUAACCAGAUCUCUGACUCUGACUCAAGUGAGUCUAAAGAAUUUACAGAAAACAGUAAAAAGAUCACCCCUCAAAAAACAUAUAGAAACAAAGUUUUACCCAAAACUGAAGGUUAUUGCCGACGUGCCAAAGGGUAUGGUACUAGCCAGGUCUCUCCAAGGUUGUCGUUUCUGGCAUCUCUCUCCUCUAAUGUAAACAUCAUACAAUGCCACCCAGAGGCCUUAUCAUAUGUUAAAAACUUCAAAAAGAAAAAAGAGGAGCUCGUCAAAAAAUUGUACAACUUCUAUAAUACUCAUGUGUUUGAUUGCAAGCUCCCAUCAUCAAUGAAUAUUGCAUGGAAUGCCAGACUGACAAAGACAGCUGGGUAUUGUUAUUACCAGAUCAAUGGGUCCAGUGAAACAAGGAGAGGAAGUAGAAUUGAACUGUCUACCAAAGUGAUUGACAGCCCAGAGAGGUUGCGGGACACACUUAUCCAUGAACUGUGCCAUGCUGCUGCCUGGAUCAUCUCUGGAUACAAGGAUGGCCAUGGACCACUGUGGAAGGCAUGGGCAGCAAAGGCCAGGGCUGUUUUUCCUGAGUUGCCAGCAAUCAGCAGGUGCCACUCCUAUCAGAUCCAGUGUAAAUACACUUACCGCUGCACUCGCUGCUCAUACAGCAUCGGACGCCAUUCCAAAAGCCUGGAUAUGGAGAAAAAAGUGUGUGGGUACUGUUAUGGUAAGUUUGAACUCCUAGUGAAUCAUAAGACACAGAAAGGCCAGCAGAAAGUAACUCCCAGUAUACCAAGCCAAGGUCCUCCUAAAACACCCAAGACACCAGGGCCUUUUGCAGUGUUUGUCAAGAAGAACUAUGGGUCUGUCAAGAAGUCAACACCUCACCUCAAGCAUGGAGAUGUCAUGAGAAUUCUUAGCACAAAAUUUGGAGAAAUGAAAACCAAUGGGGACUGAGUGUUUUGCCUCAGGUAUUGUGAUUUUUUGUAGAGCUGUUGACACUGAAAUGUACCUUUAUGCUUUCAUUAAGUGUUAAAUAAUU